AUGGAACCCGAUUUCGAAACCGAUCCGUCCUUCACAAGGCUCAACAGAUUUGUGGGAGCCCACUACUUACUCGCGUUCAUAAAUCAGGGAGACACAACAAAUUGUUGGGCACACGUCGUACAAGCGGUGAUAGACAGAGAGCGAGCGUGGAAGGAGCACACGUUUCCACGUCUGAGGUUUAUUGGUUCUCUUGUCGAUGAUCUUCCGUGGGUAGGUCCCAAGGUCGUAGUACUUAGUAUAAGCCAGCGGGCCCGUUAUGUACCUUCAACAGUGGAAUUGGUAUUCCAUUUGUACAAUUUUUACAUGACUCGCGGUAUUCCUUUCCCUACGCGACUUUUGAUGCUUCAUCCGAAUUUUCGAGGGGGAAGUGUGUUCUAUGCAUUGUUAUAUGCCUCUAUCCAUGGGGUCCGGGAUGAACCGUAUUUCCAUAAGAGGAUACUGUACCUCGCAACAAAAUCAAUAACGGGUGUCCUUAACGCAUCAUUGGAGAUGGCGCAGUUUUGGGACAAUUUAGAUAUGAAUAUCAUAUAG